CUUUAGGCUGGAAUACAUGCAAAGCGGGCACAGCUACCAGUGAACCGGAAUCUAGUCAAAACUGCGAGGGAAGCCCCCGGGCCAUCCGUGAGACACGUGACCAGACUCCAAAUAAGGCAGGCGGUUGAAACCAUGGAUGUAUAAAACAAAGAGUUUGAAAAAGACCUGCGAAGACGCUCAUUGAAAGGAACAUGUCCCCUGCUCCAGCAGAUGAGCUGUGCCGCAAACCCCUGGAUGGUGGUUGGGGCUGGAUGGUUGUAGUCGGGGCUCACAUUUCCAUAGGAUUUGCAUACUCCACUCCGAAAGCGCUGUCCAUUUUCUACAAAGAGAUACAGGAGAAUCUAGGGGCCAGUUCCAGUGAAAUAGCAUGGAUUUCCUCCAUUAUGCUAGCUGCCAUGUAUGCAGGCGGACCGGUGAGCAGCAUGUUGGUGACACGCUUUGGAAGUCGGCCAAUAGUCAUAGCGGGUGGACUGAUGUGUGGGGUAUCUAUGGUAACCGCUUCUUUUGGGAACUCCAUGGUUUAUCUCUACCUUUGCAUUGGCGUCAUUGGAGGUUGUGGACUCUCCUUAAACCUCAAUGCAUCUCUCACCAUCAUCAGCAAGUAUUUCCUGGUCAAGCGGCCGUUAGCUAACGGACUAGCCAUGGCCGGGAGUCCCGUGUUUCUGUGUCUCCUGGCCCCUGUUAACCAAUAUUUACUGCAAAUUUAUGGCUGGAGAGGAAGUCUCCUUAUCCUCGGGGGUCUGAUGCUCAAUUGUUGUGUCGCUGGGGCUCUGAUGAGGCCUGUCAUUGCGCCUUGUAAGACAUCCAACUGUGAACCCCAGAAGAAGCUGAAGGAACAGCCAAAUGACUCCCACACCAAGCUAAAAGAAGGCUGUAUGAAGAAUGCCAAGAGCUUCUUGGAUUUGACCUUCUUCAAAGAUAGAGGCUUUGUCAUUUACCUCAUUGGGAGCAUAAUGUUCAUCUUUGGUGCCUAUGCACCCAUUGUGUUCCUGUCAGCCUAUGCUAUACGACAAGGCGUAGAGGAAUUCUCAGCAGCCUAUCUGCUCACUAUCAUGGGCUUUGUGGACAUGUUUGUUCGGCCUGCCACCGGCCUGAUAGCCAGCAGCAAGUGGGUCAGGCCCAGGAUCCAGUUCUUCUUCAGCUUUGCCAUGGUUUUCACCGGCACUGUCCACUUGCUGUGCCCACUGUUUGAAAGCUACACCUUCCUGGUGACCUACGCUGUGUUUUUUGGCGUGGGAUUCGGCAUGGUUUUCGCCCUGAUAUUCGAAUGUUUGAUGGACCUGAUGGGGAACGAACGCUUCCCCAGUGCUGUUGGACUCGUCACCAUCAUAGAGUGCUUCCCCAUGCUACUGGGACCGCCUACUGCAGGAUUACUGGUGGACAUCUUUGGGGACUACAAGUACCUUUUCUUCAUGUGUGGCUCAGUGAUCUUGAGCGGCGGGCUCUUCCUCUUCGUCAUGAACAUCUACAACUACCACAUGCUGGAGAAGGAGAAGCCAGGAAUGGACAGAGAGAAGAAGCAAAUAAAUGUAGAGAGCCAGGCGCAUCUGACCGCCUCAGAGGUGGAGAUGAAACGGAACCCAGAGGCAGAGAUGGAACGAAGCGAGCCCGAGGCUAAAGAGGCAAACGGAGUCCAGAGAGAACCACAGCCGGAGAAUGCAGAAACACCAGACUAAUUUGGACUAACAUGUUACUCUCCAGCCAGGGGCUUUUUAGGCCUUGCAGGAGAAGACGAUGCAACAAGUGACGCAAUUGAAAGUCCAACCUGGAACUUUGCUCUUAGGUUCACCUCUGCCACCAUU